GUAGAUCUAAACCCUAAUUUCUUUGUCUUCUCUUAAUUUCCGAAUUCCCUUUUACUUCCCAGCUUCCACAUCUUCCAUUGCUCUUUACUCCAUAUCCGUUUCAACUAAUAACUUCACCACUAUCUACCCUAAUCAAUCCUUGAAUGGAUUCUUUUCAUCUUUCUCACCAUUUUUCGUCAGAGAAAGAAUGGGGAAGAGGACAUACAAGCGGUUAAAGGGAAGCCAUAGCUUCAGGCAGAGGCUACUUCUCACGACCCUUUUUUCAAUUCCUAUAAUCAUAGAUGAGAUUUGCGCCGACGACAUGAUUCAUGGCCUUCUCCAUCACGAGAUGUCUCUUCUCCGCCUCUUCGAGACUGUCUCCGAUGACUGCGUUGUUGAGGUUAACGAGACAGGGACUCGACUGAAGUACAAGCCUGGAAUAAUAAUGGGAGGGAAGAACUUAGUUCACAGUUGUGCCCUGACUCGAUCUAUGGGCUAUUACCUGGGGCCAUUGCUUGUGCUAGGUUUAUUUGGAAAGAAUUCCCUUUCGAUUAGGCUUAAAGGAGUAAAUAAUGAUCCUAAGGACCUGAGCGUUGACACUAUACGUAACGCUACUUUACACAUUUUGAAGCGUGUUGGAGUCCCUUCAGAAGGUUUAGAUCUUAAAAUAGAAGCAGCUACUCCACAGGGAGGUGGAGAAGUUCUUUUAACAGUUCUGAAUGUUCAGACUCUCACCGCCGUCCAGUGGGUAGAAGAAGGAAUGGCGAAGAAGAUACGUGGUUGGACUUUCUCUGCAAGAGUUUCUUCUGACUUUGAACAUUCCAUGAGAUUCGCAGCUCGUGGAAUCUUUAACAACCUUUUGCCUGAUGUUCACAUUUUCAACAAUCACAAGUCUGGCCCUGCGGCUGGAAAGUAAGAAUAUUUCAACUUCAAGCAAAGAUAGAUGACACACUUGGGUUGAUAAGAGCUUUAACAUUUUUGGAAAACACUUAAAUGCAGAUCAUUAUCUAUUAAAAUGUAAAACUAUACAUUAUCAAUAUUUCGAAAAUGU